AUGAAGUAUAUUGCAAUCAUAGGAGCUGGGUGCAGUGGGCUGGCUGCAGUCAAAGCCUGUCUGGACGAAAACCUGGUUCCAGUUUGUUUCGAAAGAGGGAGCGAUAUUGGUGGUCUUUGGAACUUUUCAGAAACUUACACCAAUGAUCGCGCAAGCAUUUACAAAAAUCUGGUCAUCAAUACAAGCAAGGAAAUGAUGUCCUUCAGUGACUUCCCAACUCCUGCCGACUUUCCGCCUUUCUUACCGCACGAAUAUGUUCUCAAAUAUUUCCGUUUGUACGCUGAAAGAUUCCAAUUGCUGGAGCAUGUUCGCUUCAACGCAACAGUGCGGAACAUAGGCAAAUGCCGCGAUUAUGACACCACCGGUCGCUGGGGGGUAACGGUGAGUGUUGAGGGUGCCCCUCCCUUCACUCGGGUGUUUGAUGGGGUGAUGGUUUGCACCGGCCACCACUCUGUCCCCUACACGCCGACAUUCAGGGGUGCGGACACUUUCAAGGGACCCGUCAUACACUCUCAUGGAUACAAAGAUUCAAGUAAUUACAAGGGGAAAAGAGUUCUCGUUAUCGGGAUUGGUAACUCCGCUGCAGAUAUUGCCGUGGAUUUGUCCCGAGCAGCAUCAAAGGUGUUCCUGAGCACUCGGAGGGGUGCGUGGAUCAUCGGCAAGACGAGCAUCAAGGGUAUCCCUGCCGACCUGCUGGCCAACAGUAGGUUCGUGUUCUCACUGCCUCUCAAUCUACUGCAGUGGGUCGUGGAGAAACAGGCCAACUUCAAGGUGGACCAUGACACGUUUGGUCUGUCGCCUCAACAUGGGGCGCUUGAAGCACAUCCGACCAUUAACGACGAGCUUCCCUACCAUCUGGUGACGGGAAAAGUCAGCAUCAAGCCAAACGUAACUGCCUUCACACAAGAUGGCGCGGAGUUCGCAGACGACACUUUCGAGGAGAUUGAUGCCGUGAUAUAUGCGACUGGUUAUGACUACCGACUCGAUAUUGUUGAUGAAGAUGUGCUGAGAAUUGACAACAACAGGACACACCUUUAUCAGUACAUGAUCCCGACCAACCUGACCCACCCUACUUUUAGUGUGAUUGGACUCGUCCAACCAAUCGGCGCCAUUAUGCCAAUAUCGGAGAUGCAGUGCCGAUGGUUCACGAAGCUGAUCAAGGGGGAGGUGAGUUUGCCGAGUAAGGAGGUGAUGCUGAAGUCUGUGUCCCAGAAAUUCGCCCUGAUGAACCACACCUACAUCAAGUCUCGCAGACACACCGUUCAGACUUACUGGAUCGACUACAUGGACGAGAUUGCUUCAAAAAUUGGCGUCAAACCAAAUUUUAAAAGGCUCAUGUUUGAAGACCCCGUCUUGGCUUUCAAAUGCUUUUUCGGCCCGUGUGUCCCCGCACAAUACAGACUAACAGGCCCUGGAAAGUGGGAAGGUGCCCGACCACUCAUCAUGGACGCCGUCGCCCGGGCAACCAGAGGCGCCACCUGUCGGAAGACAUGCGCAAAGAAGCGCCAGUCCCGGAAGGAAAGGAGCAGCACCUUGAUGCUGCUGUUCUACGUGUUUGUGUUCUUCACUCUUGUGACCAUGUGGUGCUUGGACUCGUUCAUUGACUUCUCAGUUAUUGACAUUGUAUCUCUUCUUCAGAAGGAGCAUGUUGAACACGCUCUUGCUGGAUAA